AUGGCCACCGAUCAGAGGAAACCCCUUCCGUUCAUCGCCAACUUCGCGGCGGGCGCUAUCGCUGGCGUGUCUGAGAUUCUCACUUUCUACCCCCUCGAUGUCGUCAAGACGCGUAUGCAGCUGGAGACGGGAAAGGGCAAGCAUGGCAUGGUUGGCACGCUGCAGUCGAUAAUAAAGGAGGAAGGUUUUGGCCGCCUCUACAGAGGUCUCGUCCCUCCUCUCCUCCUCGAAGCCCCCAAGCGCGCCACCAAAUUCGCCGCCAACGACUUCUGGGGCAAGACGUACAUGAAUCUCACGGGCGAGAGCAAGAUGACGCCGCAGCUCUCGAUCCUCACCGGCUGUAGCGCGGGCGCUACCGAGUCUUUCGUCGUCGUUCCUUUCGAGCUCGUCAAGAUCAAGCUGCAAGACAAGGCGAGCACGUUCGCGGGCCCGAUGGACGUCGUGAAGACGGUCAUCCGCAAGGAGGGUGUGCUUGGUCUGUACAACGGCAUGGAGGCGACGUUCUGGCGGCAUUUUUGGUGGAACGGAGGAUACUUUGGGUGUAUCUACCAGGUCAAGGCGAUGAUGCCCAAGGCUGAGACGCCGCAAGCCCAACUGCUCAACAACUUCAUCUCGGGUAGCGUUGGUGGCUUCGUCGGCACCCUCGUCAACACUCCCUUCGACGUCGUCAAGUCCCGCAUACAAGGCGCUAGCAAGGUCCCCGGCGUCGUUCCCAAAUACAACUGGACCUACCCUGCGCUCAUGACCGUCAUGCGCGAAGAAGGACCCGCGGCACUGUACAAGGGCUUCCUGCCCAAGGUCCUCCGUCUCGCGCCCGGAGGCGGUGUCCUGCUCCUCGUCGUCGAGUUCACUUUGGGCGUGUUCCGCCAGGCUCUUGGCCCUCCUUACCUAUAG